AUGGCUUGCACAGCCACUAAGUCCCAGGCUGACCAGGACAGGUUUAUUUGUAUCUACUGUGCUUAUUUAAAUAAUAAUAAGACCAUAGCUGAGGGGAGGUCGAUUCCCCUAAGUAAGGCUGUAGAAAACCCCACCACUACUGAGAUUCAGGAUAUAUCCUCAGCAAUUGGACUGAGUGCAUUUCUGGAGAAAAACAAAAUGUACUCUGGAGAAUGGAAUUGUGAUGUUCAGUGCAGAGGCAGGGUCCGCAUAUAG